UUUCCGUGACCAAGCAGACUAAUAAACUAGAAAAGUCCGACCAUCUCAUCAGAACUUAAAAAGAAAAGAAACCUAACAGACAGAUCGAUCGGUUAAAACAAAGAUGCCUUCCCGUAGAAGAACUCUCUUGAAGGUUAUCAUCCUCGGCGACAGCGGGGUAGGAAAGACCUCUUUGAUGAAUCAAUAUGUAAAUAAGAAGUUUAGCAAUCAAUACAAGGCGACAAUUGGAGCAGAUUUUUUGACUAAGGAAGUUCAGUUUGAAGAUAGGCUCUUCACUUUACAGAUUUGGGAUACUGCUGGGCAGGAAAGAUUCCAAAGCCUUGGUGUUGCUUUCUAUCGUGGUGCUGAUUGUUGUGUCCUUGUAUAUGAUGUCAACUCGAUGAAAUCUUUCGACCAUCUUAAUAAUUGGAGGGAAGAAUUCCUCAUUCAGGCAAGUCCUUCAGACCCAGAGAAUUUCCCAUUUGUUGUUCUUGGAAACAAGGUCGAUGUGGAUGGUGGAAAUAGCAGAGUGGUUUCAGAGAAAAAGGCACGGGCAUGGUGUGCUUCGAAAGGGAAUAUCCCUUACUUUGAGACCUCUGCCAAGGAAGGUGUUAAUGUUGAGGAAGCUUUCCAAUGCAUAGCAAAGAAUGCCCUGAAGAGUGGAGAAGAGGAAGAAAUAUACUUGCCAGACACCAUUGAUGUUGGAAGCAGCAGUCAGCCUAGGUCAACGGGAUGCGAGUGCUAAAUUAUAGCCUGUUUCUUCGGCAGCAAUAAAUGAUCUUUACUUUUGCUACAAACAAUUGGGCUGAUUUUAGCCAUUCUUAUUCUUAUAUCGAGACUGUAAAUUACAUGUUUGUGGGAAAAACCCGCCCCUUGGUGUUGGACAUGGUGCCUUUUGUGUAAUAACUGCUAUGAUUUGUUCA